AUGAAUGAAAGAGAUAUCCUUAUUGAUGUAUUUUUUAUAAUUUAUUUUUUAAGGUGAAUGCUCCAUCUCAUAACCCUUUAAUCCAUAAAAUUGCCAAAAAUACUGAAUAUACAGUAAAAAAAGCCAUGAUAAGUGCAAAUGCAGUAGUUGAAGGAGGUAAUAAGAAUCCUUCUUUGCCUGAUGAAAUUCUUACUAUUUAAGAAAAUUAAAUGAGAUUUUUAAUAAUGCUGGCAACUCUAUAGUUUUUUACUUUAUUANUUUUCAAUAUUCAUUUAUUUAGAUAAUUAAUAAAAUAAAUGAUAAAAGAAAAUGAUAGAUAUAACGAAGAUAGCAAAUAAUCUAUUUAAAAUUAUAAAGAUUCCACCGAAUAUGAAAUGAUUAUAAUAGAGUAAUAAAAUUAGAUUGAAAUACUUAAUGAUAAGUUAUUUGAAAAUAGUCUUGCAAAUUUAGAACUAAAAUAGAAAAUUAACAAACUUGAAAUGCUAGAGCAAGAACAAGAAGGCAAAAUCAAAUAAUUAAAUACUAAAAUCUAAAAUGAUUGAACUAUUUAGAGAAUUAAUAAAUGAAGCUUAAAAUAAUAAAAGAAAUAUAUAUUUAAAAGAAAUAAAUAGAAUUAAAAAAUCGACAUAUCAAAUACUUCAAAAAUUUGUAAAACAUCAAAUCUAUGAUGAAAAUGAUGAAAACCAUAAUAAUUAUGAGUCAAAUAUUGAAAAUAUUAUUGAAGAGUUUAUUCUUUCAUAAAAAUGCUAAAUUAAUUAAAUAAGUAAAUAAAUUGAGUAAAUUUUAAAACAAUAAAAUAUUGUGAUUUAAAACAAUGAGUAUAAUACAUUGGAAUAAUAUUUAAAAGAUGUGGUGAUCUAAAUAAAACAUAAAUAUGAAUGUGAUUUAGAGUAAAUUUUAAUUGUAAAUUAGUAUAAAUAAAUCUAGUUACUAUCAAACUAAUAUAUAUAAAGAAGAAUUAAAACGUUUAUAAUUAGCAUUCAAUUUAUUUAUAAAUGAUUCUGUUUUAAUGAUAAACAAUUAAUUAAAUUAAAAGCAUUCAUUUUGUAAAUUACAAAAAUCAAUAAGUAUAUUUUAUAGAAUAUUGAGGAUAAUAAAAAUUAUUAUACAGAAAUUAAAACUAUGUUGA